AUGAAGGCCAAGAUAGGGCUGGAGAGCCCGAUCUGCAACAUGCGAGAGCGGCUGGAGGAGCAGGAAGGCCUGUCAGCCCCGUUGAGCUCCGAGAAGCGCAAGCUGGAGGGGGAGCUGAGCGACCUCAGGCGGGACUUGGAGGGCUGGGGAGACCAUGCUGGCCAAGACGGAGAAGGAGAAGCAGGCGGGGAGGCCCCAGGCCUGAUUCUACCCCAGGCCCCCUUCCAAUCUCACAUGGAUGGGACCCCCCAGCAAGGGAAGGUGGACCGGGGUAUCUCCAGUGCUGAGGUGCACACGAACCACCAGGACCUCGAUCAGAUGCAGACUCUGGGCCGCCAGGUCUGGUGCGGCCGAGGGGCUGUGUUCCCGACAGUCCCGGCGAUGCCGUGGCUGCUGUCUGAGCACCAGUCGUUGAGAAGCCAAGGCCUGAUGGUGUCCUCGCUGCCCCCUCACCCCGAGAUCCUGACUUGGCUGGGCAUUGGCAUCUCCCGGGCCCCUAGUCCCACAUCCCACCUCCAGGCCCUGGAUCACAAAGCCCGUUUGCUGAUUGGGGACCUCUCCCUUCGAGAAGACUCCAUCGCCAAGCUCCAGAAGGAGAAGAGGGCGCUACAGGAGCUGCAUCAGGUGGCUACCACCUGCCUUUCCCCUUGA